AUGAAGCGGCCCGCCGCCCUUUUACUUCUUCUUGCCUGCUCCGUGGUAACGGCGCAACUGAGAACGCUCCCCGUAGAACGCUCCGGUACCUACGCCCCGCACUUCUUCCGCCAGAAACCCCUCGUGGACAUGCCACCAUCAGACCCAUCCGACUCCCAGCCGCCGCCGGCUCAAGACGGCGUAAGGCUCUCCGACGUUAUGGGCCGUGACCGGAGCAUCAACGUCUUCGCUGGCUUCACGCGCGACGUCGAAUCGGCCUCCCGCCGCCUCGAUGACCAGGCGCGCAACACCACCGUGCUGGCGCCGCUUAACUCUGCUGUCGAGAAGUUGCCCCGAAAGCCGUGGGAAGACCCAAAGGACUACCAGAAACUCGGGGAGAACGUGUACGAGGGUGAUGAUGGUCGGGAUAGAGCCCAGAAGAAUAUCCAGCGGUUUGUCGAGGCACACAUGGUCGCUAUGAGCCCCUGGCCCGAGAACGAGAAGGCCAAGACGAUGGGUGACGAUCGGGACAUUUGGUGGGAGAACAAGCAUGGGACCAAGUUUAUCCAGCCUGGCGAUAUUGAGGUUGUCAAUGUCGCCAGCACUGUCGCCAACGGUGAAGUCUGGAUUAUCAAGGAGGUCCGCAACUAUGUUUAG